ACAGGGUUUUAUUGGUGAUUCCCCUUGCCACUUUAUUGUUAAGCCAAUGGGUUUUUGGUUUUAGUUUUGUCUUGCCGUCACCUACUCAACAUGGCAUCUUAUUGGCUGGUUUGCGUAGCUUGCUUACGAGGGAGGAUGUUUCAUUAGAAUCGUCCCAGUGAACAAGCACCAAACCAGCGUGCGUGAGUGCAGAGUUGGAUGGUGAGCCGUGCAUUGCAUGACGUGCAAUUUUGUGCUGUUCCUACCAGGUACAUUGUUAAAGAUAUUAUAUUGUAUAUUGUAAUUGUAUUAUUAUGGUAACUACAUGGCCCAGUGAACAAGCACCAAACCAGCGGUACAUUGUUAAAGAAUAAAUCUCCAUGACGGGUGCUACAUGUUGGAAUUCGUGUCGAGGAUUGAUUGUACACAACGCAAGAAGAGUACUGUUACAGUGGUGCCGUGACCGUUCUUCUGGAUCGGAUCAUCCUUCGCUGGAUUUCCAUCUCAGAACUUCGCCGUGGUUGCCGUUGAAGAGCCAGAUAAGACGUUGCUGGUGCAGUAUAGUGCGAUAUCGCAUUUCGCCACAAGAGGGCGCCAUCAACGUUUUAUUAUCGAAAUUGAUGAUUUCUCUGGCUGAGACACUUCACAGAUAAACGAUAUAACUUUUGUGUUACUUGUUUAUUUGAAAUUCUAAUGUAUAUCUGAUAUGAGUAGGGUGAGUUUUACCUGUGUACUAGAUAUAGGUUAGAUUUUGACGUGAGGUUAAAGAAAGAAAUAUAUAUAUGCAUUUUUUUUGCUAGUUACAUUUUUAUUAGUGUGUUGAUUUCCCAUUGUUAAAAUGGAAGGUGUUGGGAGAGGUAGGGGUUUCCUGUCAUUUAAUCUGUCACCAUCUGUUGGUAGGGGUUCAGGCAAAAUUCCAGUUGCUUCUACACCUAUGCCUAAACUGGAGGGUUUUGGGAGUUUUGAUGAUAGUGUACCCAUGGAAACGCCCAAGGAUGUGUAUGACAGAGUUUUGCCAAAUACAGGGAGUGGGGAGGUCUCCAUGGAUUUCAUAGCAGACAUAGUACAGCAGAUUGGUCAUUCCAUUGGGGAGAACAUUGCCUCCUGUUUGGAGUCAAAGGCAAUUGUUGGACAUGUUGGGGACAAUGUUAUGGGGAAUGCAUGCAGCUCUAGGGGUUUGGAUGUGUCAGGCCUGAACCUGGUAUUGAAGUCUGAUAUCAGGGAACCAGUGUACUUUCGGGGGGAUGGCUCUGAAAAGUGCACAGUGCAUGAGUGGGAGGAUAUGGUCAUGGUUUACAUGCGUAAGAGGGGCGUAUCUGUGAUGGACCAAGCUGUUGAGGUUAUGGGUAGGCUUAUGGGAAGGGCCCGUGAUGUUGUUAAAGUGGGCAUACGCAGCAAUCCCUCCGUUGAUUUAUCUAAAGGCCCGAGUCCCAUCUUUGACAUACUGAAACAACAUUUUAGUGACACUGCUUUUUCAAGCAUGCCCCUCGCUGACUUUUAUGCCACAUUACCUCUGACUGAUGAACAACCAUUUGAAUAUUGGCUCAGACUGAACAGGGCUAUGGAGGUUGCUGAAGAUUGUCUAAAGAGACAGAAAAAAAGGGUUGAAGACCCAUCUCGUGAGCUCACAGUCAUGUUCAUCAGACAUUGCCCUAACGCUGAACUGUCCCUUAUCUUUAAGUGCAAGCCAUUACAGCAGUGGACUGCUGCAGAUGUUCAUGAGAGGCUGGAUGAAUACAGGAGGGAGCAGAGGUACUCUCACUUAUCUAAGGUGAUCCCAGCCAUCACAACAAUGAAGCAGGAAGUUGGUGCUGUCAUGCCGAUCACCAUGCCUGCUGUGAGGCCCAUCAUGGAAGUACCCAAUACGUUGCCUUACCCAGCCCAGACUAUUCAGGGCUCAGCUGAGCCGAUGGAACGUAUCCUUGCAAUGCUGGAGCGUGUGCUGGAGCAGAGACCACAACAGUCUGACCAUAGGUUCCAGAAAGGGAAUAGGAGCAAAGUGAAGUCUAAUGGGCCAUGUAACGUGUGCGGGGAUGCUGGACAUGAUACUUACUUUCACUGCAGGGCCAAUCACCUCUGCUUUCUUUGUCAUGUAGCUGGCCACGCACGCUCUCAGUGCCCCAAGGCCGCAGCUCUGAGCACAGCUGGUGGAGUCCCUACAGUAACCACUGCUCAGCUUCCGGGAAAACUAGUAGGCCUGCAUGUAGAAGGGGAGAGUGUUGGGCCUUUUGUAGAGUCCCCAUCGGUGAGAGCUGUUGAUUUGGAGUCUGUAUAUAAAAGUGUUUGUGACGAAAUGGAGACUGAGAAGAGUAUCAUAAUGCAGAACACACAGAGGCUUUCUGCACAUGAUGAUUUAUUUUAUGCCAAGGUGUUAAUAGGAGGAGAAGUAGAAGUGAGAGCUAUGCUUGACAGUGGAUCCAUGGCUUGUACCUUGAGCUCUAGGGUCUUACCUGAACUGUUGCGUGCAGGAGUGUUGAAAAGUCCAUCAUUGAGUCCUACAGAGGUAGUCUUGGUUGGUUGUGGUGGGUUGAAGACGAGGCCUUUGGGAGUAUGUGAGCUGGAGAUGGAGGUGUACGGAUGUAGAGUUGCCGUGCCUACACUGGUGGUUGAAGGCCAGAGUGAUGACCUCAUCUUGGGCAGCAAUCUCCUAAAGCACUUGAUUCGCCACCUGAAGACGGAUGGAGAUCUCUGGAAGAGGGUUUAUACUCCUGUGUGUGACGGGGGUGAGGAGAGCAAGCUAAUCAAUAUGAUGGCUAAUGUGGAGAGAUGGAGAGACAGUGAAGUACCUGACAAAGUUGGAACUGUGAGACUAAAAGGGGCGGUGACUCUAGAGCCUAUGCAGGAGCACUUAGUCUGGGGCAGACUACGAAACACUCAGAAUCUAUCAGCGGGCAGUGCUGUUCUCAUUGAGCCCAGCAGUUCAAGGUCAACACCAAGGUCAAUACUGGUAGGGAGGACAGUAGCUCUAUUGCGGGGGGAUGGGUGGCUCCCUGUUAGAGUGAUAAACCCUUCUCAGAAGACAGUGACUUUGAGACGAAACGCCACUCUAGCCGAUGUCUUUCCUUGCAUGGCUCUAGAGGACUUUGACUGUUCGUGUGUGAAUGAUGAUUCAUCAGCAGCUUUGCAGCAGCAAGUGCAGAGAACGGCUGAUAUACUCACUGACUGCCAAGAUGACUUGACACUGACUGAUGACGGUUCCAGCCAACUUCACGAUACUGACGGACCUGACAGUUCAAGCGAGCCUGAGGUCUUACGUGACUUAGGUUUGACUGAUAUUGAUGUCAACUCCUGUCAAGCGUCUCCUGCUGGUAAGAAGAAACUCAUCCAGCUCAUAGCUGAGUACCAGUCUAUUUUUUCCAGGCACAAGUUGGAUUGUGGAAAAGCUUCCGGAUGUCUUCACCGCAUUCAACUGAGUGAUGAGAAACCCUUUCGGAUGCCCUACCGACGCCUUUCACCAAAUCAUUAUGAGAAACUCAAACAAGCAUUGAAUGAGAUGGAAGAACGUGAAAUCAUAAGGAAGUCUAGUAGUGAGUUCGCCUCUCCCCUUGUCCUUGUAUGGAAGAAGUCUGGAGACCUGAGACUCUGUACUGAUUUUCGUUUGCUCAAUGCUCGCACCAUCAAAGACGCCCACCCACUCCCUCACCAGGCUGACGCACUGGCUGCUUUAGGUGGAAAUGCCUUUUUCUCGACAAUGGACCUUACCUCUGGCUACUACAAUGUGGAAGUGCAUGAGGAUGACCGGAGAUUCACAGCUUUUACGUCGCCAUUUGGCUUGUACGAAUACAAUCGUAUGCCACAGGGGUUAUGUAAUAGUCCUGCAACCUUUAUGAGGAUGAUGCUAAACAUCUUUGGAGAUCAGAACUUUCUUAGCCUGCUGUGUUACCUUGACGAUGUCUUGGUCUAUGCGCCCACUGAAGAUCUGGCUUUACAGCGCCUGGAAAUGGUUUUUGAGCGUCUCAAGGCUCACAACCUGAAGUUGGCGCCAAAAAAGUGUAACUUUCUGCAGAGGUCUGUGAAGUUUCUGGGGCAUAUCAUUAGUGCGGAUGGUGUAGCUACAGACCCUGAGAAGGUGAGGGCCAUUACAGGAGUAACAGAAGCUGAUCUAAUGGAAGAUGGCACUGACAUUCCAUCUCAGAAGAAAUUGAGGUCAUUCCUUGGGAUGGUGGUGUAUUAUCAACAGUUCAUUGAAGGUUGCUCGACCAUUGCAAAGCCUCUCUUUGGAUUGACUACUGGACACAAGGCUCCACGCUGGAAAAAGAAGCGACGCUCACCUGUCAGGAAGUUGACGGCUGCCGACUGGACAACAGAAUGCAGACAGGCCUUAUUCCAGCUAAAGCAAGCCUUACUGGACCAGGUUUUGUUGGCCCACCCCAACUUCGAAAAACCCUUUCUACUCUCGGUGGAUGCGUCCAGCAAUGGCUUAGGUGCUGUGCUGUCCCAGGUGCAGGAACAGGGAGCUACAGCGAGACCUAUAGCCUUCGCGAGCAAGUCCCUCAGUUAUGCGCAGUCGAGGUAUCCUGCACACAGGCUCGAGUUCUUUGCCAUGAAAUGGGCUAUCUGUGACAAGUUCCAGCACUGGCUACGGGGACAGCAGUUCACGGUAUGGACAGAUAAUAAUCCCUUGACAUACAUUCUGACCAAAGCAAAGCUUGAUGCUUGUGAACAGAGAUGGGUCGCCAAGCUGGCACCGUACGAGUUUGACAUCAAGUACAUCCCUGGAAAAAUAAAUGUUGUUGCAGAUGCUUUGAGCAGAGAGCCCUUCGUACGACCCAGUGCACUCCAUCGCCUGACAAGGGUCCCGUACGAGACCUUACUAGCUGAAGCCGACGCUGUGCGCACAGACAGAGUGCAAGAUGUGUUUCGCUGGUCCAGCCACCCCUUUGACAAAGCCUCUGACUCCAACGAAGUGGUCAUUAGCUGUCAGGCUACUGUUGACCCAUCUGGUGCUUUAUCAAGACAUGAAGUUGCAGCUGUUCUUCAUUCACACAGGUGCUGGGGGGAUGAAGUGGGCUCACAUGCACUGCUGUUGCCACAGCUUCCACAGGCUGUUAUGCCAUCAGAGCAGACCGAUGUCGAUGUUCUGCCACACGACCGACUGAUGAGUAAGCAGCGUGAUGACAACGUGAUCAGCAGAGUGAUCUUCUUUGUGGAGAGGGGGAGAAGACCAUCCCGGAGAGAGCGUUCCCAUGAGACUGUUGAGGUUUUGUGUCUUCUCAGAAGUUGGGACAAGUUGACCAUGAAGAUGGGUGUACUGUAUCGUGUUUCAAGGAAUGUGGUUACAAAGAGGAAAACGUAUCUGUAUGUGGUUCCAGCCUCCAUGAAAGCAAUGGUGUUGAAGGGUGUCCAUGAUGAAGCUGGUCACCAGGGCCAACAGAGAACAGUCUACCUGACAAGACAGAGGUUCUUCUGGCAUGGCCUGGAGAGGGAGGUAAAAGCAUAUGUGAAGUGCUGCAGGAGAUGCGUCGUGAGCAAGACUCCUGAACCGGAAGCGAGAGCUCCUCUUGAGAGCAUAAUAACAACUGAGCCUCUUGAACUAGUGUGCAUAGACUUCUGGUCUGCAGAAGAUUCUUCAAACAAGUCCUUGGAUGUGCUCGUUGUUACUGACCACUUUACCAAAUUGGCUCAUGCCUUCUUGUGUCCGAACCAGUCUGCUAAGUCAGUAGCUCAUCAGUUGUGGAACAACUAUUUCUGUGUCUACGGGAUGCCUCGCCGUAUACAUUCAGACCAGGGAGCCAACUUCGAGAGCGCUUUAAUAGCCGAACUGUUGAGUGUUGCAGGUGUUCAGAAGUCUCACACCACGCCGUACCAUCCGAUGGGGAACGGGUCCUGCGAAAGGAUGAAUAGGACGUUGGGAAACAUGAUCCGGGCCCUGCCAACGAGAGCAAAGCACAGAUGGCCUCAGGCGCUGAAGUCCCUCACGUUUGCGUACAAUUGUACAAUCCACGAGACCACAGGCUUUGCCCCUUUCCUGCUAAUGUUUGGGAGGACGCCAAGACUGCCUGUUGACAUAGUCUUUGGCUCUGUCAUAGAGAACCCAGAAGUUGUCGACUAUGACCAGUUUGUUCAGUCUUUGAGGAGAGAUCUGAAAGAAGCCAUGAAUACAGCACAGGCAUCUGCAGCGAAGCAGUUGAAGAGGCAUGCUGACCUUUAUGACAGAAGAGUCAGAGGAGCACCAGUGGAGAUUGGUGAUCGAGUGUUGCUGGCUAACAAGGUGGAGCGGGGAAAGCGGAAGCUCGCUGACCGUUGGGAGGAUACUGUCUACCUUGUCACUGGGUUGAAUGCUGACAGCCACACUUUUAAGAUUCAGAACAGCUCCACUGGACGGGAGAAGACGGUACAUCGCAACCUGAUAAUGCCAGUCAACUUCCUUCCUCUUCCCCAUGCUGCCGUUGAUGAGGGAACAGACAUGUCUGGUUUAACAGAGUCUGAGGGCAUGAAUGACAGCCUUAUGGUCUCAGCUGCCAUGGACACUGCAGUGGAUGAUGAUGCUGAGUACAGAACGAGAGUGUGGGUGUCAGAAUUGCCUUCUGAAGGAACAGGUGACACAAGCCUGGAGGGUGAUGUGCGAUCCUUGGAUGCUCAGGAUAUUCCACCUUUGGAUUCUGUGGAAGAUAUACUGCAGCUGGAAGUUCUGCCUCGGUCAGAGAGUCUUCAAGAAUCUGACCGAGACCGUAACAGUGUAGUGAGUGAGCUAAUUGACCAGUCUAUUUACGAUAUCCGUACUGACCUACCAAACUCGGACCAUUCCUUACCUGAUCAGUUACAGACGGACUGUGUUGACAGUCCCACUAUUGCAACAGUACACAACACUGUUACCUCUUAUGCAGUUGAAGGUAGUCAGGGUCGUAUUAGGUCAAGGGCAGGAAGACUAUUUAAACCAGUGUCAAGACUGAUUGAGAUUAUGAAUCAGCAGACAGUUAGCUCUUGAAGGUUUAAUAUGUGAAUAGAGGGUCAAUGGUAUUGGCAUCUUUUAUUUGUUUUGCUUUUACAUCAUUGUGACCAUGAUUAGAGGUUGCAAGAUGGUAAUGUGACGGAUAUGAUCAACUCUCUUAUGGUAGUUUAUUUUAUUACUUGGAUGUUUUAAAGUCACUGAGUGUACUUAACAUGUAACAGGCAUGUUUACCUAUGAGGGCUAAGGGGAUUGAUCAACCGCUUUUCACUCUAAUUCUCAAGGAGAAUAGUCUAAUGACUGGAAUAUUUAGUGACUGAUUUAAAGCAGGGUCUGCAUCCUUGAUAUACACAGCUUUACCUUUUAGUUUCUCUAUUAGGUAGUAUAAAAAUAUAUCAAUUUUUUUUUUUUUCUCUGAGUUAUUCUGUACAUAUGUUGAGUGUCUCUGUAUCUGGUAUGUUUGCACAGUGCCGUUUUGUAUUUUUUUAUUAUUUUUCUUUGCAAGUGGAAUUCAGUAGGGGGGAGUGUAACAGGGUUUUAUUGGUGAUUCCCCUUGCCACUUUAUUGUUAAGCCAAUGGGUUUUUGGUUUUAGUUUUGUCUUGCCGUCACCUACUCAACAUGGCAUCUUAUUGGCUGGUUUGCGUAGCUUGCUUACGAGGGAGGAUGUUUCAUUAGAAUCGUCCCAGUGAACAAGCACCAAACCAGCGGUAAGUUGUUGGUUGCAAAGCACUGUACAUCAAAAGUGAUUUUUAUACUCCCAAGUGAUGAUUUAAGUGUACAAUUUAUAUACAUUUGUUUGUAAAUGUUAUUCGAACAUCACACAUAAGAUGCAAUGUUUUUUGGAGAAUAUUGGUUGUGCAUUUUGGUUGUAAAGAAUUCCCGCCAGUACUAGCUAGCAACUUACUGUGUCUGGUGGGGGGGGUUCAUAUAUUUUGUACAGUGCGUGAGUGCAGAGUUGGAUGGUGAGCCGUGCAUUGCAUGACGUGCAAUUUUGUGCUGUUCCUACCAGGUACAUUGUUAAAGAUAUUAUAUUGUAUAUUGUAAUUGUAUUAUUAUGGUAACUACAUGGCCCAGUGAACAAGCACCAAA